AUGAAAUAUCCAAUAAAUUACAAUUAUAAGGAAUUAUAAUAGAAAUUAGUUUUAUGUAAUAUUAAUAGAGUGUAUUAUUGAUCAAAUAAUUGUAAAAUGGAACAAAUAAAUCUAAUGAUUAUAUGAUUUUAAUAGUGAACAAAUUUGUAUUUAAUUUUUUUAAGAUUUUGAGUGCGAAAAAUAAUUUUGAAAAUUAAUAUUUAAGAAAUUACACGACAACAUGUUGCUAUCCACGAAGCUUCUAAUUGCUGUAUGGCUCCUCCGAUUAUCAAUAUUAGCAGCGGGUAAUCGCGAAGUUGAGAGUGUUAUUUCAUGUCAACUACCGCAAAGCUUGUUACACGAAAUAGAUUCCUACGAGCCAGUAGUUCGUGCCAUAAUGAACGAAGCCUUGAAUGGAUCGUUCAAAGGAACCACGUGGAACGAAUUAGCUUAUUUUACUGACAAGUUUGGUCCUAGACCAACCGGAUCUGAGGAGUUGGAACGUUCCAUCGACUACGUGCUGAAUAAAUCCAUCGAGUAUGGAUUAGAGAACGUCCACGGUGAACCUGUUACCGUGCCACAUUGGGUCAGAGGAAGAGAAUCUGCAACCCUUUUGAAACCGAGGCAAAAGAAUAUUGCUAUUCUGGGAUUAGGCACCAGCGUCGGCACCCCACCCGAAGGAAUAACCGCGGAGGCCAUCGUUGUGGACAGUUUCGAGGAAUUGGACAGCAGAAAACAUGAAGUACCUGGAAAGAUCGUCGUUUAUAACCAGAAAUUUGUUUCAUACGGUGAAACUGUGAAGUAUCGAAGGAAUGGAGCGACGCAAGCCUCGAAAUAUGGGGCUGUCGCUGCUUUAGUUAGAUCAGUUACGCCAUAUUCGUUGUACACUCCCCAUACGGGUUAUCAAGAGUACGGUGAGAAUGUGACUAAGAUUCCAGUGGCCUCCAUCACUGUCGAAGAUGCUACUUUGUUGAGAAGAAUGGCGAACAGAGGUGAAGUGCUCGAAAUCAAUCUGAAAAUGGAAGCGAAAAAUCUGCCAUCCACAGUAUCGCGAAAUGUAAUUGCCGAUUUGCAAGGUUCUGCAAAUCCUGAAAAGAUUGUCGUUGUUUCUGGCCAUAUCGAUAGUUGGGAUGUUGGCCAAGGAGCAAUGGACGAUGGUGGUGGUGCAUUCGUUUCGUGGCAAGCUGUGAAACUAUUGAAACAUCUUAAUUACAGACCACGACGAACAAUAAGAUUGAUCAUGUGGACAGCAGAAGAAAUGGGAUACAUAGGAGCUUUGGAUUUCAUCAAGAUUCAUAAAUCUGAACAAAAUAAUUUACAAUUUGUAAUGGAAUCGGAUGCAGGCACGUUCGCGCCUUUAGGCAUUGAAUAUACCGGUACAGAUGUAGUUGGAUGCAUCUUACAAAGGAUUAUGACUCUCUUCUCUCCUGUGGAAAAUAUGACAGUUCGUAGUCCCAACCAAGGACCCGAUAUUUCUACUUGGGUAAACGAAGGCGUACCAGGAGGUUCUAUCUGGACUCAAAACGAUAAGUACUUUUAUUAUCAUCACUCGAACGCUGAUAAUAUGUUGGUCGAGGAUCCAGAAGCUCUUGACAAAGGAACAGCCUUUUUUGCUGCAGUGUCAUACGUUCUUGCCGAUCUUAGUUUAGAUUUACCACGACACAAAUGAUGAAAUUGUUAAUAAUGAAAAAAAUUUAUA